CAGCAGUACUAUUCAUUAGUGGAAAUUGCCAAUCGUAUUUUACCUGCCCUAUCACCGAUGACAAUCGAUCCCGACAGUAUGGUUAGGAAGCAGAGUUUUGCGGCAUUGCAUGGUUUCAUUGAAAAGCUGGAGAAGGCAAGCGAAAAUCCCGAAUCGAUACCAGAACUUGAGGCACAAGUAAAUGCUGGUGGGAAGAGUGGUUUGCUGAGUAGUGAGAAGGUGCCAAGAUGGGCAGCUUGGGCAGUACAGUCGAUUUCGGGUAGAUUUUAUAAAAGUCCUACACCGGUGCAAAAUCCAGCUGCGACAGAAAAUAAGGAGCAAACAUCUGAAAAUGAAUCAGCACCAGAGGCAAGACCGAAAUCGCACGAAUCGGCAUCGAAGAAACACGGGGAUGAUGGCUGGGGCUCCCUGGAUGACAGUACACUGUCUGCUGAAAGUGAUGAGAAAUGGGAAGAUGCCGAUGACACUGUGCCAAAGGCCAAAAAAACCACUGAUGGAUGGGAUGACGAAUGGGAAGGAAUCACGGCAACAGAAACUAAAAAAUCAUCCGUUGCAUCGCUGGUUGAUUCGAAAAAAUCAGUGCCAAAAAAAGGCGGCUUGAAAUUGAAAAACGCCAUCAAAAAGCCUGCAGAUGAAGACGAUUUGGAUUAUGCAUUGGGUAUUAAACAGGAACCGAAUUUGGCAGCGAAUAAAUUAGGUACUGAUGGAAAUUCAGAUAAAUUUGCUAUGAGCCAGAACACAGUGUCGAGUAGUUGGGAGUGUGAUAUCUCAUCGAGUGGUUGGGAUGAUUUUGUUACCGAUUCAGCUCAGUGA